AUGGCCAGCCAAGUCUCCAGUUGUCUGGAUCUACCUUUCAUGCAACCCCCGAUUCACCAUCACUCGGCACCAACGAUACAGUAUUUAGCCGGUGGCGAGCUUCCUAUUGUUACGGAGGAGAUACCGCAACAGCAGCAGCAGCAGCAGCAGCAACCACAAGUAAAGUACUAUGGUGACUCUGAGCGGCAACUGACUCUACGUCAAGCUCCCAUGCAUGCUCGGGUGGCCGUUGGAAAAGAAAAAGACAGAAAGCCAAUAGACCCUCCACCGAUUGUUCAGCUUAUAGACAAGCGGACUGAUGGGAAAAGUGGUCUCUACGAUAGCCCGUACCUGUUCAUGACAUCAUCUCUACUGCCAGAAAACUAUGACGAACAUGCAAAAGGACCAGAGUUGCCUUCAAAUUAUUUAGUUGGAUCUCUCGCAUCAUCUAUCCAUCGACUACGGGAUACAGACAAUAUGGAGGGAGGAUUCUUCGUGUUUGGAGACCUGUCUGUUAAGCAGGAAGGGCGGUACCGGCUGCGAUUCACCUUAUACGAAAGAGACCAAAACCAUCCCACUCCGAGUUUCUGCUUUGUCGGAGAACUAAUCACCAACGUGUUUACCGUUUUCCCAGCCAAGUUAUUCCCCGGCAUGACCGAUUCGACUGCUCUGACGCGAACUUUUAGCGAUCAAGGGGUCAAAGUUAGGCUUCGAAAAGACUCAAGCACUAUGGCUGCACGUAAGCGAAGCAGACAAGCGAACGAAUCGAGCACCACCUCCAACUCGCUUCUUGACCGCCAGCCAAAGCGUACAUCUUAUGAUCGAGAAAUUCCCUCGCUGAGUAACUACUCUUUAUCUGACCUGGGACACAUAGACUCAAUAACAGGGAGUUCGAGUUUGGUCACCACAGCGUCACAUAAUCCAAACAUGUUCUCCGUAUCUGGGCCGCUGCCAAACUCAAGAGGGUCAGGUUUGGAUUUGCAUAUACCGACAAGCGGCUACUAUUUCGGUGGUCCCCAGUACUAUUAA